AUUCAAUAUCAAAAUGGAAGCUGCGGAUUCCUUUGGAAAAAUUUGUUGUACUGCGUAGAAGUCAUUAUGGCGGAAACACAACAUGUCAAGUCAUUUGAAAUGCGCCUCAACACACGUUGUCUUUGGAGUGUUGUUGUUUGUAAUGGGAAUCGUAGACCUUGGAGUCAAUUACGGCGAGUAUUGGACAGGGUUUAGAUUCUUUGUUCUCGUUUGUGGAGUAUGGGUAGGUAAGCUUAGAUAUUUUUGCCACUGCUGUAAACGAAAGGAAAAUAAGGUUACAUACAUCAGCUUACAUCACGUGUAAAGGCGAAAAAGUACGUUCAGAACCGUUUCUGGCCGUUUGCACCCUUGUGCACUCCUGAUAUGGCAAGUUAUGCCCUUUUCUGAUUUCCGUAUGGCUUCAAGUUUUCCUCAGUCAAUUGUUACAAAUAAUUAGUAAUUAUUGGAUAAGGCUGAGUAUGAUUUUAAGCAUUAUUGAAGAUGAAACCCUCUGAGAUCUGCUUACGUAAAUUGCUGCUUAUAAGCUUCCAUCUCUCCCUCCUCCCCCCCCCCCUCCCCUCUCUCGCAGUCCCUAUUUAAAUGUAAGCCCAUCUACGUGUCAUCAACCACGAAAAUGCAUCCAUGGUACGUGUCAACAACCACGAAAAUGCAUCCAUGGAGAAAAAAAAAAACAGAACAGAAAAAAUAAACAGGGAAAUAUUUUGAAUCAAAAACAAGCUUGAUUGUUAUACACUGUACUCAUUAUCUGUCAUCUCACUGGCUAAGAGCCUACAGUUAAUUUUGGAAAUUAGUGCAACCUACAGAUCUAGAUUAGUUGAUAAGUUAGUUAUCUGCUACCAAAUAACUGACUAAUCUGUAGGUUGCCUGCACAAUGCAUGAUUUCCAACAGCAAUUGUAUCAAUUCAGGUUCCUUACCACAGUGUAUUUGUCAUAUUUUCUUCAAAACAAAUUGUAUAUAAUAGAACAAUAUUAUUAGAUUAGGCUUUUAUGAUAUCCUAAAUAAUCAAGGUCUCUGUAAGUGUUAUCAGCCUUGCCCUCCAGCUUGGCUGAUAACCACUUACCUAGAAUUCGAUUAUUCUGGAUAUCACAAAAACCUCAUCCAAUAGUUUUUUUGAUAUUGAACCCACAAGGUGAUGGUAUCAGCUGUGUAUAAAUUCUCCAAACUGAUCUCUAUACAUUUCCUUCAUGAAUGAGUUGAGAAAAUUUGAUAAAAGAUCAAGGCAUUUUCCCUUAGGUGAUCAUUCAGGGGCACCCAACGAGAAUAUAGUUCAAAACCACUUAAACAUAGCAUUGUUAAACGUAUUUUAGUAUUUAAACGGUAGAUAUAGGCAUAUUUGUAUUCCCUAAAAAUUUUUCAUCUGUUCGGAUUUCCUAGCUGAAAGUCUAAUGAUCCGAAAAUUAUAAGGAUCAAAACUUACCUUUUCGAAAAUUUCAGCCAGAAAAAAGGCUCCCGAAAAUUCUAGGUGACCUUUUUAGGGUAAAAAUCCGUUAAAUGAAUAGGCAAUUAUACCAUUUUUUAGAUGUUCGAAAAUCCUAGGAGAGACAGGCAAGCAAGAAAUUUUACAACAAAUGUUUCGAAAAUUCUAGAUCUCAAAUCGUCUUCCGAACAGAUAUUCUUCCGAAAAUUGUCGUUGGGUGCCCCUGAUCAUUUUAUUAAUUCUCAUAACCUAAUUUCUUGACAUUGUAUGGAUAUUGUUAGGAGAAAAUUGACAUUAGUCACUAUCGGGACUUAAAGGGUUAUCACACCUCAUUCUUCUCUUAAUGAAUCUUAAAUCACAAUCAUGUGAGUUAAUAAAUAUCAAUUUUUUGACAGAUGUGUAUGACAGGAGGAAUUCUAGCAAGAGUCUGCAAGAGGACAUCUUGUGGGCGCAACAACUUGGUAGGUUGAACUGGUAAGAAUAAUUUUUCUAGAGUGCUCAACUUUUCAAGACGAUCUGAAAUGACAUUUAAUUUUAUUAUAGUGGAAAAUGUUGCUCCAGGCUUCGGAGGCCAGACUUUGGAGGCCAUCACAUUGCUUUAUACAUACAUACAUACAUACUUUAUUAGUAUUCCCCAGAGGGCUUUUCAAUACUAAACAGCAAAGAACAUUAUGAUAAAAAAUGAAUAAAAUUAUAAAAAGCAGUCAUUAAUUAAAAUAAUUCUCUAGCAUGUGCGUUUUCAACUUUUUUUUAAAUGAUGGUAAAGAUAACUGUUUAAAGUCUUUGUCUAAAUUGUUCCAAAUGUUGACUGCUCUAUGGAGGAAAUGUCGCUGUCCGGACUUUGUCUUGCUUGGAGGAAUAUCAAGGGCUUCUCUGUUUCUAGUGUUAUGAUAGUGAAUAGACUUGCGUCUUCGGAGAGACUCACACAAGUAUGUGGGGGCUAGGCCCUUCAUGCACCUAAAUGUCAUUACAGUGUCUCUGUAGUGGAGAUGCUCAUUUACUGGUAGCCAUUUGAUCUCGCGUAACGCAGGUGUUAUGUGCUCAAAUUUCUUUGUUUUUGUGAUGAUUCUGCACACGAAAUUCUGAACAGCUUGAAGCUUCUUGAUGUUUGUGGCAGUUGUUUUUGACCAAACUGUAGAGCAAUAGAACAAUUUGCUUAGGACUAGAGCGGAGAUGAUUGUGCACAGAGUGUCCCUAUCAAAACUGUUCUUUACCCUGUUUAUUUGACAAAGUUUGGUCAUGCACGAUGAAGUAAGUUGAUGGAUGUGUUGGUCAUAGGUUAAGUUGUUGUCUAGAAUUAUUCCGAGAUGCUUGGCACUGGAGUCAGGUGUGAUCUCUUUCCCCAAGAAAGAGAUCGAGAUUUCGCUCGGAAGCCUGCGCAGUAGUUGUUGUGUUCCGACCAUAAGGAACUUGGUCUUUUCAGCCACAGCUCCAUUUCAGAUGAUCAAAAGGUGACCAGUACACACUCAUGCUAUAGUGGUUUGAGACAAUAAGAAAUAGCAAAAUAUUUUGAGUGAAUAAUAAUAGGCAAUAUACCAUUGAAUCAAUGGUGCAUAUUGCUUUUAAUAUCAGGCGUGGAUCUAGGAUAAUCAUACUGACCAAUUUCCUAAACUUAAGCACCAAAGGCACAAGCUUCUAGUGGCAUCUGGGGUAUGCUUCCCCUAAAGUCCCCUCUCCUGGGUUUCUGAGUCAUUCAGACAGGAUAAUGGUCAGUUCCAUUCUCCACGGAUGAAGCCCUGCAACUUAGAAAGUAUUUUCUUUAUUAAAAAUAUAUCUAUUAUGAAAAAUCUGACUGAUUUCUGAAAACGGUGGAAACCGAUGUGGAUCCAUGCCUGCAAAUAUGGUAAGCACCAAGUGCUUGUGAAGAACUAGCAAGGUGAUUUGAGCUACAGUAAUCAGAAUUGGCAAAAUAUUUUGAAUGAAUAAUAAUAACGAUGAGAUGAUUUAUCAACCACCUGAUUUUUAAUAAUUUAUUUCCAGGCUUAUGUAUUUCUUACCUCAAGUUUGUGUGGUAUUGUAGUUGGUUGUUGCUACAGCAUUAUACUUGGUCUUAUGAGUGUUUGUGGAUACUUUUGUGGACCAGGACAGGCUGUUGCAGCUAUUGUCUUGUCACUUGGCAUUGUUCAGUGUAUUACAGGAUGCAGUGGUUGUUACUGGGUUACUUCGUCUUCUACUCAGGUGAUAACAAUUAUUAAAACUAGUGUUCGCAACUUUAUUCCCAGAGAAUUUGUAUUUUUUUUCUACAGCCUGGAUAAUGCAGUGUAUGUUUGCAGUUUACUCUAAAAUUUAAGUUAAAAGUAAUCUUAAUUGAAGUGAUUUGUUUUAUGUCUGGGUAAUAUUUUCCAUAUAUUUUUACCAGGCUGAUCAAAGUUUUAGCCCUGUCACCGUUCCUGCUGGCGACGCCCAGAUGGUGCCUACAUGUAUGCCUCCUCGAAGUGUUUUCCAGAAUAACGACUGGCCUCCACCCUAUGGUGCUGGUUCCCAGGGCCCUGAUCUCCCUCUCGUCCCCUUGGAGAUUACUCCCAUGUCUCGUCAAAAUAUUGUUCAGCAAAACGAUCGGCCUCCACCUUAUACUGUCGACGCCCAAACUUGCUCCCGGGGUUCUGAUCUUUUACUCGUUCCCAUGGAGAUGACUCCUAUGCCUCCACAGGAAACUGGCCCGCCUCCACCAUAUCAUCAAAUUUCCACAACAGGGUUUGUUAUGUCGAGCUUUCAUGAUGGAGAUCACCCCCCUGCCUAUGUCUGUACAGAUGAACAAGUAAGUGCAGAUCUUUUUGCUUUGUUUGGGAAGCUAAAACACUAUGUGAAUAUUCAUGACCUUGUUGUGGGUCACUGAACACUUUGUGAUGCGACGACUAAGUGAAACAAUGAAAAUAAAUGUUUCUAAAUGCAAACCUCGCUCUUAAGCCAUUGCAAAUCGGAGAAAUCAUUUCAAAUAACAAAAUAGUGCAAUUUUCUUACUGUUACUGGAACACAAAUGAGAAAAAAGCUGACAACAAAACGACCUUAUUUCACGAUGGAAUCUGCCAUGACUGCGAUAUUACGUGAUGCUUCUGGAAAAAUACAUCAUGGGAUACUAUUCGAUCGUCGUCUGGAUUCGCUUACUUUAUUGUGGAAUUUAGACUUAGUUUGGACUCGGACUUUAGAUUCUGAUUUCACAUACUUACAGUGUAACUUGAAGUUGAUUAUAGGCUCUUUCAUGUACAUUUUUGAUUGGUCACCUUAAUUUCGUUUACUUAAUUUUGUUUCUCACAUUCAAUUUAAAGGUAUUCCACUUUGUCUUUGGCGUAAAAUUAAAACUUCAGUUGUUGAAAACCUUCAUAUUUAUUAUAUUUGUCUAAAUAUAUUUACCAUAAUUCACUCUUUAAAAAUUCAAGAUCUCGACGUUUCAUUUCCCAGGAUCCUUACGAAAACUUUCAUUAUUAUAUAUGCUCUAUUCCCAAAAGGUAAAAUACGGCCAGACUUCAAUCGAUACUGUUGAUUCAGUAACAGUCGCACCCUGCUUCACGAACACCUCGUUAUCUUGCAAAGUUUUCUUUUUCCCUGGAGAAGCCCUUACAUGUUGCAUGUUGUCAUGUUGCUUGCCCAAUCAUUAGAUUCUCGUAGAAAGUUUAUUAUCAAAAAUAUGCUGAAGUUGACCUUUCCUUUUUUGAAGGUUAAAAAAACCCUCAGCUGACAGCUAACAUGUUGAUGUUCCCAACGCUAAAGUGCAGCGGAUAAGAUGAUUUAUAGAUCAACGCAAAUUGAAUUUCAGACUAUUUUCGCAUCAAACGAGUUAUGCAGAUAACGGAUUUAAUUAUUAUAAGUAAUAAUAUGUAUGAGCGAUUUUUGAGUGUUUUCGUGUGUUUAAUCCACGGAAUGACGGUUUUGUGAAGGUUAGAAAUAUUUAAUUUGACGAUGCUAAUGUCAUCCUUCAUUUCUUUAAUUUGAAUUUGUUUCUAAUAUAAGGCUUUUUUUACAGUUUUACUUGAAUAACAUGACCCUCUCAAUACGGACACACUGUUACUUCAGUGUCCGUAUAUUAACGGAGUUUGACUGCACUAAAUCUUACUUGCAUUCUUUCUUUUUCUUAGCAUCGUGUAACUACUUACGUGUGAAGUUGGAGACUCCAGUUCUCAACUAACAACUAAUCUUCAUCAUCUACUAAUGCAUUUCGUAACCUGAUGCGUAAUCACAAGAAAUAUGUAAAAGUAAUGUAGGAACUUUGAAACUUCUUUUCAAGAAAGACAAGCGAGGAGAAGAGCGUGGAGAAAUAAUAAUUAUGAUUGUAAUUUAUUAGUUUUUGGGACUAGGAGCUUGAACGCGAAAGUGGCGUGCUAGCGUCGGUUAAGUACAGUGAUUUUGGUACCUCUGCGUCCUGGGUUCCUGACGCAUAACAAUCCCUAAAGACACAAAAUAAUUUAAUGAAUGCGUCCGGUAGAGACGCAAAGAUCGAUCGAUCGAUCGAUCGAUUUGAAAAUGUCUUUGUAGAAAAUCCUGUUCUUGUAAUUUUUUAUUUGUGGUUAUUUAUGUGGCUGUUAUUUAACGAUGCAUAUUUAUUUUGGUAAGGUAGGUAGGUAGGUAAGAACCUUACUUUACGGCACGAUAAAAAGAUCAGCAUUGCUGGUGGGGUCGUGCAUACAACAAUUACAAGAAAAAUAAGGAGUACUGAAAGCAAAUUUAAAACUGUUAAAGUUUUUUCUUGUAUUAGAGUAUCACCGGGAUAAAGCGUUUCAUUUUCCCGGAAAAUUUCACUUUCUCGUCAAAACAAUCGCUGACUCAGACAGACUUGGAUUAGUUUACUUGAAUUUAGUGUUCAGUACAGCGAACGGAGUUAUGUUCUGUGAAAUUUAUCUACAGUCUGCGGCCCACAUCACCACUGAUCCACGAUUUAUUUAUUUAUUUAUUUUAUUUUCAAGUUCUUUUUAAUCGAUCCUCGAUCCCUGAUUUCUCGAUCCUCGAUCCUCGAUCCUGAUUUUCCAGUAAACAUUGAAGUUUUGGUCAUUAAGAUUAUUCUUUUUUUUUUUUCGACCACUAAAGUGAUCAGUUGCUCCAAAAUGAUCAACGCUUUCAAGCCAUAGAAUUCUUGGGCCAACCCGUUCCGGAAAAGCUCGAUAUGGGAUUUCUAUUAACUAUGGACAUGAAGAGCUGCAAGUAGAGUGUGUGGUUAGUCAAGUUCAAAGCCACCCGUAUAAACACAUCCGUGACACGUUAGGGUGGAUUUCCACUGAUGCGUUUUUGGCUCCACACGUUAACGCACGUAAAUUUUAAUCACGUAAAUCAAAUAGAGGUAAGACAUAAAGUAUUGAGAUUAAAGGUCAAAUUAAGCGAGUUUCUACUUUUACGUUUACAUAAUUGUACGUGCGGCCUUUCAUACAUUGCCUUUAUUUUAUUUGCGAACGCAAAUUUUACGCACGUGCGCACGUAAAAAUUACGUGACAGUGGAUACUUCAUAUCUCAAGUAUUUAUGAAGUGCAACACGACUUCACAUCGUAAUAACUGGAGGGGGCGUAAGGGGGGUACGAAUACCGCAAUACCGCACAUCGUAGCGCGAGAAUACCGCAAUACCGCAUCAAAAUUUAGCCAAAUACCGAAACCGCAGUUACAAAUGGGAAAAAGUUGACGUUGUCAAUACUAAAAAUCCUCCUUUCAAGUAGAAAAUACUUUUAUGUCAGUCUUUCCAAACUAAGGUGCGUCGAUGUCAAGCGUACGAUAAACAUAAGAUCAUCGCACUCGUUUAACUUUGUUCAUUACAUGUAUACGUUUACAUAAAUGAUACAACAGGAGUUUUCUAGUAUUACUUUAUAUAUUACUGACCUAGAUCAUAAACGGACGGUAAGCAGUUGACUCUUAUGAGGUUGUUUCAGAUUCACAAUUAACUCGGUUCUUUGUUGAGGAUUUCAACGAAGGGCACACAGCACACACUAGUCUGCGUAGCAUGGCGGUUUUGGUUGGGCGCGCUAAAUGAUAAAGGCCGGCGCGGGCGAGGAGAUUGGGGCGGGAGCUGCUUCGCCGCUCACAGUCGUGCUGCCGACAAAACCACGUAAAACUGCCAUGCCCGGAGGAGUACUUGGGUUAAUUUUUGCUUGGUAUGUGCCACUGGCCUCUCAGAGCCCCUACCCCAUUAUAGUCUAUUCAGUGGCCAAUUAUAGACCCCAUCUUAGUCACUUUUGGACAAAUAUUUAAUUUUCGCGAUCCCAACUUAGUCACUUUCUAUUUUAAUGAAUUGACCAUUUUUUAGAUUGAAUGAAGACCACUUUACUUUUCAUCUACAAUACAAACAUUCUGGUACGUUUGCUAACCGUAAAUAUGAAGAACUGUCUUACCCCAAAAGAGCAGAAAAUGUGCGACCCCAUUCUAGUAACUCUCUGAAAAUGCGACCCCAUUAUAGUCAGUCCAGUCCUGAAAAUGCGACCCCAUCCAGCGGCACAUCCCUAUUAGCCUCUUAUAAGGAAGUACCCCCGCUCCCCGGGCCCCCAUGCUACGUAGGCUAAGCACACACGAAUACUAGUACAUUCUAUAUUCCUGCAUACACAACGAGAAGGACGAGUAGUAAGUUUUAGACCACACCAUCUUCAUAUAUUAUCUUUCGACCAUACGGAAUUUAUAACGACCUCACUGACCUCACUAUUUGCUGGAAUAUGUUACUGAUAGUUGACCCUCUGGAUCACUCGCCAUUGUUUUACGACCGGCGCGAAAGUGCCGGUAAGAUUUGUAAGGAGGUUAACUAAGCUGAUUAUUCCCACAAGGUCCAUGAGGUUAUAAAUAAUGCGACAUGUUUACGUAUCAUUGGAUAAAAAAAGUCAAUGUCGUUAAUCAUAUAAAGUAUUAACUGAAAUGACAAGCCAUACGAUUUGUCUGGAAUGUUUGCGCAAUAUACGAUCCCCGACGGUGCAACUAUAGGAAGACACGCAGGUAACGCAGGCUAGCUAGGGAGACCUUUUAGGAUUUGUAUCCUCUUGUCAUGAAAAAGAAGCAGAUCACCGCGACACAACGAUUUUUACACCGCCUACCGCGACAGAAAAUUUAAACUUACUGCACACCGCUUGGACUCUGAAAACCGCAAUACCGUACUUUGAAACAAAAAUUACCGCAACACCGCACCAAAAAUAACCCAAUACCGCAAUACCGCAAACCCUUACGCCCCCCUCUAACUGCGAAAAUCUAUCAAUUAAAUACAUAAAACAAAGUGAAUCUAUUUAACCGUACAUUUCCUGUAAUUGCGACAAUAUUCUGAGAAAUGUAACGCCUUAAAAAGCCACAAAAUCCUGAGGAUUUCCCCGGUAUAAUAUUUUUUAUCCUGCUUGGGGAUAUUUCCUUUUUAAAGUGCCCGCAUGUCGUGCAUAAUUACACGAAAAUCAAGAGCCUCCAUUCGAGGAAAAUUACCUCAUUGCCAAACUUACAUGCGCCUUUUCUGUCAUCGCCGAAAAUAAACAGCAUUCUCAUCACGAGACUCAUUUUCAUACAAUGAAAGUCGUCACGAUUCUUAUCCCCACUUUCCACGGUCUUCGCUAGGAACGCGGGGCCUACAAACCAGGUCCCACCGAUGAAAAAAAAACGACUGCAUUUUAAGAGUCUCGCUCUGCUCAAGCAAGCUCGACUAAUUAAUUUUUCGUGGUCUAAAAAUUGGUUUCCUUCUCAUUUUUUGUACAAAUCUGACAGCAAUCUUCUGUGUACGUUUCUGCCGUCUUGCAGUGUGUGAUAAAACGAUGAAUUUUCGAUGACUUUGGUACGUUUUUCCUCAAACAACUCCAUACAUAACCCUGUAAUUUUUUGUUUUUUUGAGAUAGACGUUUUAACAUGUUCUCUGGUACUCUGCUAGGUUCACGAUCCCGUUUGUACUCAUGACUUCUACAUUCAAGACGACUGUAGCCAUACACAUACUUUGCAUGACGAGAUCUGACUUCUUCAACUUUUAUUGACACUGGCAUAUCAUUAUAUUCAUGUACAUGAGCAAAAUUGAUAACUUUUUCUAAUACAUUACAGUUCUGAAAACAAUUUUCCGUAUGUUGUAACAUAGAACUCCAUGCGUAGAACAAACCGACAGUUAUCAUCGCCUGUACAAUAAUAUUAAUGAUGUACGAAAUAUGAAGUUCAAAGUAUCCAGCAUCAUGAAAAAAAGGAAAAGAAUCAGCCUGUUGAUCACGAGAGGUAAAUUAACGGCGAUUUGCUUGUUGUUUUUUACCUCAUCAUCGAAGUUCUGCUUAUGAACAUUCUUCCUUGUUUCAACAUCUGAUGUAUUCACUUCUUUCAAAGUUAUCAACGCUUUCAAACGACAGAAUUCGUGGAACGACCCAUUCCGAAAACGCUCGACAUCUUUUAGUGUGGGUCUACCACGAAUGGUGUCUGAAUUUGUAAGCGACACCACCGUAUAAUCCAUUAAUCUUUCCAAAUUUGUCGUCUCAAAACAUAACAUACGGACAACUACGCGUUGUUUUUGGAAGCGUUCACUGAGAUUGAGAGCAUUGUGUCGAUUUUCAUCCCCAGAUUCUGAGCUACCAUGACCUGGAACAUGUGUUUACAAAACUAUUCUUUCUGUCACGUUUAGCUGUAUUUUCUUUUUUUUCGCACGUGAAGGUCAGAACCAAAUUACCAUAAGAUCAGAGAGAGCACGUGUUUACAGUUUUACUUUUUGUUAUAUCUGUUUUGCACUUACCAUUUUAUCGGCUUACCAUGUCAUAUAAGCAUGAAACGUAACCUCUUUUAACGAAAAAGAUAAAGUGUGAUUUCUUACAUGGAAGAAAAGUACCUAAACGUGAUAAACAUUGCGCGUUAUUCCAGUCAUCCCCCAAAAUAAACCAGAUGCUCAUCACGAGACUCAUCUCUAUACAAUGAAAGCCGUCACGAUUCUUCUCCCCAGUUUCCACGGUCUUCGCUAGGAACGCGGGGCCUACAAACUAGGUCCCACCGACGAAAACAAAAAACGACUGCAUUUUAAGAGUCUCGCUCUGCUCAAGCAAGCUCGACUAAUAAGCAGAUAAAAACAGCUUAAAACAAUUCUUAUGCAUAGAAUUGGCUUGAAUUUACCGAUUUUCGUGUAGCAAUGAACUGUAAACGACAAGUAAAUAGAAAACUUGGUCACAUGGUACAAAUUCACGUUUGCCGUUACUUAGAUUAGAACGCCAACAAAAAAAGAUUUCUUAAAAUGCAUUUCGAGUUCGCAUAUCUCCCUUUUUUUCUUAUUCUUUUUGGAGGUGAAAUGACAAAUACGAUCAUACUCCCGUAGUUCCCUCGAAAACCAUACCUGACUCCAGACCAACAUGGGCAAAAUUUAUACCCGUUUUCAGACCGAAAGGGUGCAAAAACCUAUCCUUUGGGGAGGCACGUACCUGUAUGACUCAUAUAAGGGAGUAACUCUCUGGGUUAUUUUGUAGGAAAAAUAAAAGAGUGGCGAAGAGAAUCUUGGCUGCGUAGCAAGCGUUUCCGCGCGAGUUCUGAGUACUAUAGUAACAUGAAUCUUCGAUUUAAAACAUCAAAACAAUCUAACAAAGAAAAACUAGCAAUUGCUGGUUUUCAGUGUCACACGAUUCGAGAUAAAAAUCAAAACCGUUCAAUGGAUAAAGACCAGAAUCUGGCAAAUGAAAGGAGGUAAAUAUAUAAUGCAAGGACCCUCGCCAAGACUCAGGUCACAGGAACAUUUCAUGCAAGAAGUAUCCGAAGAAAUGAAUUUACUCAAAUUUAUAGAGGUUUGUUUGGAGACGCCAUGUUGGUGCCUAUCCGAAUGAGCACCAACAUGGCGGACGAAAACCAACAGAAACAUUUGUUACCGAGUUUUGCUAUAAAAGCGUGAAUUUAUUCCUCGAGGAACUCAUAAACAUUACCGUAAUAAUAACCGAACUGUUUAGAUAACAAAAUUCCCCGAAACAUGCCACUUUUUUUCUCUCGGCCGUCAUGUAAUGCCGUGUAAAGCGUGAAUUUAUUCCUCGAGGAACUCAUAAACAUUACCGUAAUAAUAACCGAACUGUUUAGAUAGCAAAAUUCCCCGAAACAUGCCACUUUUUUUCUCUCGGCCGUCAUGUAAUGCCGCUUUACGCAAAAACUUAGAAAUUAAAGCCUACUCUAUCGCAAAACCAAGAACCGUUUCGAAGCGAAAGUUUGCAUGAAAAUAAGUUUUCAGCUGCUUUCAUACAUUAUAAAAGUAACGUCUCCGCAGGAUUGGUAGUUUUGUAGUUUGAAUUUUGGUGACGUCAUGUGAAAACCAACAGUAGAUAAUAAAUUAUACGGAAAACACUGCACAAAAGUACAAGCAAGAUAUGUUAAAAUUUGCACGCACUGCGUGCCAUUUUAUGUCGGCCCAGGGUUUCUCUGCCAACAAACUAUAAAAGAUUCAAUAUCAAAAAUGGAAAGUGUGGAUUCCUUUUGUGUAGAAGUCAUCAUGACGGAAACGCAACAUGUCAAGUCAUUUCAACUGCGUGUUAACACACGUUUGCCUUGGAGUGUUGUUGUUUGUAAUGGGAAUCGUAGAUCUUGGAGUCAAUUACGCCGACUUUUGGACAGGGUUUAAAGUCUUUGCUAUCGUUUGUGGAGUAUGGGUAGGUAAGCUUAGAUAUUUUUUGCCAGUGCUGUAAGCGAAAGGAAAAUAAGGUUACAUAUUUCAGCUUACAUCACCUGUAAAGGCGAAAAAGUCCGUUCGAACCGUUUCUGGCCGUUUGUACCAGUGUGCGCUCCUGAUAUGGCAAGUUAUGCCCUUUUCUGAUUUCCAUAUGGCUUCAUUUGCUAGCAAAUUGUUACAAAUAAUUAGCAAUUAUUGGAUGAGGCCGAUAUGAUUGUAAGCGAUAUUGAGGAUGAAACUCUCUGAGAUCCGCAUACGUAAUUGCUGCUUUCAAGCUUCCCCCCUCUCAAUCCCAAUUUAAAUGUAAGCCCAUCUGCCCGUCAACAACCAAAAAAAUGCAUCCAUGCAUGGGGUUAAAACAGAGAAAUAUUUUGAAUCACCAACAAGCUUGAUUAUUAUACACUGUACUCAUUAUCUGUCGUCUCAUUGGCUAAGAGCCUACAGAUUAGUUGAUAAGUUUAAGUUAUCUGCUAGCAAAUAACUGACUAAUCUGUAGGUUGUGUGCACAGUGCAUGAUUUCCAGUAGCAAUGAUAUCAAUUCAGGUUUCUCACUGCAGUGUGUUUGUCAUAUUUUCUUCAAAACAAUGUAUAUAAUAGAACAAUAUUAUUAGAUUAGGUUUUUGUGAUAUCCUAAAUAAUCAAGGUCUCUGUAAGUGUUAUCAGCCUUGCCCUUUGGCUUGACUGAUAACCACUUACCUAGACUUCCAAUAGUUGUUUAAUCCACAAGGUGACAGUAUCAGCUGUGUAUAAAAUUCUGAAGUGUGGGACUUCUCUCGAUCAUGCAUGAUGUCAUAUAUAUCAACACAGGCAGUCCACUCUCUUGCUUUGAUUAAAUAUUUGAAUCAUUUGCCAAUUUUUCAAUAAAAAUUAAAACAGAAUGUUAAGAAAGUCAUAUGUUAUGUUUUUUGCUAUCUUGAGCUGUUAAAAAAUUUCCAGGGGUUUAGCUUCAGGCGAGCUGCAGGGUGCGAUGUCCAGUUGUUUGACAUCUUUAAACCGUCUGUCCUCGGGAUUCAUACACUCUUUCUUAUUGGAAUUCAUUUUGGAAUGAACUAAAAAAACAAACUGCAAACCGAUACUAUUAUAAUAAAAAAUUGCAAAAACAAAUAUUUCGUUGCCUCAAAAGACCUUCCCAGUUAAUCAAUUCCGGUCCAGGGAACACAGGAAACUGCAUUUUGGAGAGUCCAAUGUUAAAAACUUUCCAAGGGAAGCAUGCCCCCGGACCCCCCUAGAAGUUUGUGCCUCCGACACUGACGGUAUAUAUAAGUCUGAAAGCUGAACCUCGACUACAUCCAGUACUUUCAAGUACUAUCGAAAACCCGAUUGGCAUUUUGAGAGAUCUCUUUUAUGGCUAGCCAAUUUUAGAAGGAGAACAACGAAUGCAGACAGCUGAAUGGGUUAUCAAUCAUUGCAAAAUGUGACCAUAUAAACUGGCACCCACAUUCCAGACCUUAGUUCUAAAGACCCACUAAAGUCACACCCUGCUAGAAAAUAUAGGGCUAACCCUUUAGCCCCAAUAUCCACAUACAAAUUCUCCAAACUGGUCUCUAUAUAUUUCCUUCAUGAGUGAGUUGAGAGAAUUUGAUAAAAGAUCAAAGCAUUUUCCCUUAGUUGGUCAUUUUAUUAAUUCUGAUAACCUAAUCUCUUGACAUUGUAUAGAUCUCGGUAGGAGAAAAUUGAUGUUAGUCACUAUUGGGACUCACACACAUGUGAGUUAAUACAUAUCAAUUUUUUUGACAGAUGUGUAUCGCAGGACGAAUUCUAGCAAGAAACCGCGAGGGGACAUCUUGUGGGCGCAAGGGCUUGGUAGGUUGAACUAGUAAGAAUAAUUUUUCUAGAGUGUUCAACUUUUCAGGACGAUCUGGAAUGACAUUUAAUUAUAAUGGAAAAUGUUGCUCCAGGCUUCAGAGGCCAUUUCAUUGCUUUAUUGUUACAGCUCCGUUUCAGAUGAUCAAAAGGCGACCAGUACACAUUCAUGCUAAAGUGGUUGGAGACAAUAAGAAAUAGCAAAAUAUUUUGAGUGAAUAAUAAUAGGCAAUAUACCAUUGAAUCAAUGGUGUAUAUUGCUUUUAACAUCAGGUGUUGAUCUAGGAUUAUUGUACUGACCAAUUUCCUAAACUGGCAUCCAAGGUAUGCUUCCCCUAAAGUCCCCUCUGCUGGGUAAUCUGAGUCAUUCAGACAGGAUAAUGAAGUAUAGUUACAUUCAUGAUUAUUGAAAAUAGAGUGCUAUGAUUGGCUAGGAGCUUUGCUUCAUCCCGCUAUAAUCACCUCUUGGCGAUAUAACAUUGAAGGCUAGCAGUUUUCAAAAGGGCAGCCAGUUUUGUUGAUCCUUUGGAGUCGGAAAUUGAUCAAUAAUAAUAUUUUCUCAAAUAAUCAUCAAUGCUUUUUAUCAUCAAUAGUCUCGGUGACUAUUCACCAAUAUUCACGUCACCUUCGGCGACUAAUUGAUAAAUAUACCAUUGAAUCAAUGGUGAAUACUGCUUUUAAUAUCAAGCACGGAUCUAGGAUAAAUACUGACCAAUUUCCUAAACUAGCACCAAAGGUGCAUUUGCUUUUAGGGGCAUCCAGGAUAUUCUCCCCCUAAAAUCCCCUUUCCUGGGUUUCUGAGUCAUUCAGACAGGAUAAUGGCCAGUUCCAUUCUUCUCGGAUGAAGCCUUGCAACUUAGAAAGUAUUUACUUAUUAACAAUAUAUCUAUUAUGAAAAAUCUGAUCGAUUUGCGUAAAAUGGUGGAAACCGAUGUGGAUCCACGCCUGCAAAUAUGGUAAGCACCUUGUGUUAGUCUCUGUACGGUGUUUUCCCAGUCCCUAUCGGUCAAUUCGUUUUGCUGACGUAUCCGAGGUGAACAGGCGGGAAACGCCUCACAUUUCGCUGGGACCACGUGACCCGAAACGCUUUGGCCGUGCGGAAUAAUGAGGCCUAGGGACUAGACAAGUAAGCACCAAUUGCUUGUGAAGAACUAGCUAGGGGAUUUGAGCUAAUCAGAAAUGGCAGAAUAUUUUGAAUGAAUUAUAAUAACGAUGAGAUGAUUUAUUGACCACCUGAUUUUUAAAUUAAUAGUAAAAGUUUUUUUUUUUUUUUAUUUCCAGACAGGUUUAUUUAUUACCUCAAGUUUGUGUGGUGUUGCAGUUUGUGGUUGCUACAUCGUUUUACUUUUAAUCCUGAGUUUUUGUUCAUAUAAUGAAUACUCUUGUGGACUACAAAGGCUUGUUGCAGCUAUUGUUCUCGUACUUAGCAUUGUUCAGUGUAUUACAGGAUUCAGUGGUUGUUACUGCGUAAUUACUUCAUCUUCUAGUCAGGUGAUAACAAAUAUUAAAACUAGUGUUUGCAACUUUAUUCCCAGAGAAUCUAUAAUUUUUUUCUACAGUCUGGAUAAUACAGUGUAUGUUUGCAGUUUACUCUAGAAGUUAAAGAUAAAAGUAAUCUUAAUUGAAGUGAUUUGUUUUAUGUCUGGGUAAUAUUUUCCAUACAUUUUUACCAGGCUGAUCGAAUUUUUAGCCCUUUCACCGUUCCUUCUGGCAACGCCCAGAUGGUGCCUACAUGUAUGCCGCCUCGAAGUGUUUUCCAGAAUAACGACUGGCCUCCACCCUAUGGUGCUGGUUCCCAAGGCCCUGAUCUUCUUCUUGUCCCCUUGGAGAUUACUCCCAUGUCUCUUCAAAGUAUUGUUCAGCAAAACGACCGGCCUCCACCUUAUACUGUCGACGCCCAGACUUGCUCCCAGGGUUCUGAUCUUCUACUCGUUCCCUUGGAGAUGACUCCUAUGCCUCCACAGGAAACUGGACCUCCUCCACCAUAUCACCAAAUUUCCAGAACAGAGUCUGCCAUAUCGAGCUUUCAUGAUGGACAUCAGCCCCCUGCCUAUGUCUGCACAGAUGAACAAGUAAGAGCAGAUCUUUUUGCUUUGUUUAGGAAGCUAAAACACUAUGUGAAUAUUCAUGACCUUGUUGUGGGUCACUGAACACUUUGUGAUGCGAAGACUAUUAAAGUCAGACAAUGAAAAUAAAUGUUUUUGUAUUGGAAAGCUCGCUCUUAAGCCAUUGCAAAUCGGAGAAAUCAUUUCAAAUAACAAAAUAAUGCAAUUUUCUUACUGUUACUGGAACAUAAUUGAGAAAAAAGCCGACAGCAAAACGACCUUAUUUCACGAUGGAAUCUGCAAUGGCUGCGAUAUUGCGUGAUGCUUCUGAAAAAAUGCGUCAUGGGAUAUUAUUCGAUCGUCGUCUGGAUUCGCUUACUAAAUUGUGGACUUAAGACUUAGGUUGGACUUGGACUUUAGAUUUAGUUUUUUUUAUGAUUUCACAUACUUACAGUGUAACUUAAAGUUGAUUUUAGGCUUUUUCAUGUACAGUUGAUUGGUCACCUUAAUUUUGUUUACUUAAUUUUGUUUCUCAAACACAAUUUAAAGGUAUUCCACAUUGUCUUUGGCGUAAAAUAAAACGUCAGUUUUUGAAAAACUUUAUAUUAAUUCUGUUUGUCUUAAUAAAUUCACUAUAAUUCUCUCUUUAAAAAUUCAAGAUCGCUACGUUUCAUUUCCCAGGAUCCUUAAGAAAACUUGCAUAAUUAUGCUCUAUUCCCAAAACCCACACCACUGAAAAGAGUAGGGGACGUAGACCCCGGUGUUGUGGUCAACCUUCACUCAUCACAUCAUUCACAUCAUGGGUUGGGUGGGUAUAGUAAGCUCAAAAAUAGACUGAGAGCGGCUGCCAGUGGCGCUUUUGUACGCUGACGUCCGAGCUUACUGUUUACAUGUUAAAAUGUAUUGUAAGAGGGCACGUCUGUUUUCCUCUCACCCACUACUCUUCAUCAUUCAUUCUUUCAAGGUAAAAUACGGCCAGGCUUGAGUCGAUACUGUUGAUUCAGAAGCAGUCGAACCCCAAUUUACGGACUCCUCGUUAGUACGGAAAGUUUUCUUUUCCUCCGGAGAAGCCCUUACAGUUUCUCUAAAUUCAGCCCGCUGGCGCAUACCCGUCAAUGCAGAGAACGCAUACUUGUUGCUCUCCCAAUCAACAGAUUCUCAUCGAAGGUUAACCUCGCUAAUGCGGACACUUUGUUCUCAAAAAUAUGCUGAAAAUUUACAGGAAGAUCUUUUCUUUUUUGAUGGUAAAGAAAAAACCUUUAGCUUACAGCAUGUUGAUGUUCCCAGCGGUAAAGUGCACCGGAUAGGAUGAUUUAUAGAGCCAAAUUGAAUUUCAGACUAUUUUGGCAUCAAACGCGUUAUGCAGAUAACGGUUUUGCAUAUUAUAAGUAAUAUAUGGAUGAGCGAUUUUCGAGUGUUUCCGUGUGAUUAAUCCACUGAAUGACGGUUUUGUGAAGGUUAGAAAUAUUUUAAUGUCCGCUUUCAUUUCUUUAAUUUGAAUUUUUUUCUAAUAUAAGGCUUUGUUUUACAGUUUUACUUGAAUAACAUGACCCUCUCAAUACGGACACACUGUUAAUUCAGUGUCCGUAUAUUAACGGGGUUUGACUGCACUAAAUCUUACUUGCAUUCUUUCUUUUUCCUAGCAUCGUGUAACUACUUACGUGUGAAGUUGGAGACUCCUGCCAGUUCUCAACUAACAACUAAUCUUCAUCAUCUACUAAUGCAUUUCGUAACCUGAUGCGUAAUCACAAGAAAAAUGUAAAAGUAACGUAGGAACC